ACGCCUCCUAAGGUUUGUGUGGAGGUAGCGGUUGAUUCGUGAAUGUACAUUAGCAGAGUGCCUCGGAGUGAGGGUGGAAACGUGUUUUUACUUUAUUUUUUGCAUGCUUCUGACGCUGUAAAUAGCUGCCAUAUUGCUGGAAUAAGGUUGAAAAGUGUUUCGCUCGGUACUUCGGGCUGUACUUAGUUUGGUGGGUGCAACGCUGUAGUUAAACCCGGAGAUUAGGAUUUGUCACCUGGCUAAUGUUACAGCCUCUGAUUUACUUGUGUGUCGAAGAGUGGAGACGCUAGGUAGUUGACAAAAGAAAACAGCAUUAGCUACUAAGUAGUUAACAAGUCAGUCGGUUAGCCUGAUAGCCUGCCAGUACUCCCUACCGCCACAACAAGUCCCACCCUCACCAAGUGCGUGGACGUCGCAAGAAGCUGCAGCGGUGAAGUCGAGUGCUUUUUCCUGUCAACUUAGCCAGCAUCGCGGUACAGCUGGCUGGCGAGCUAAAACACAGGUCGAAACGUUGGCCAGGUGACGGUAGCGUUAAAUUGUUGGCUUCACGUUGUACUGGUGUCUUCUGUGGAGGCUUACUGUUGCUACACUGGCAAAGAGACUGGCUAAAAAGAAGAGGCGAAAUAAGAGAGAACAAGGAAGACACCGAGAAGGAGGGGACGGGCUAAUUUAGCCGGGGAGACUGAAUCGCAUAUAGAUAGCAUACGGCACCACCAACCCAUACACAGCCAUGAGUAUUGAGAUACCGGUGGGGUUGACAGAACUGCUGCAGGGUUACACUGUGGAGGUGUUGCGGCAAAGGCCGUCAGACCUGGUGGAUUUUGCUGUACAGUACUUCACCCGUUUGCGGGACACCAGAAGUCAGGAUGGGGCCAGCGCCGGUGGCAAAAUGGGGAAAGGGGUGAUGUUUGAUGGAGAGCCAAUGCAAACAGAAUCCAACGGAGAUGAUGAUGAAGAUGAUGACUCUGACUUUGAACCUCCACCACCCAGCAGAUUCAACAGGAGAGUGUCAGUGUGUGCAGAGGCAUUCAACCCAGACGAGGAUGACGAGGAUACGGAGCCCAGAGUCGUACACCCAAAAACAGAUGAACAGCGCUGUAGACUGCAGGAGGCCUGCCAAGACAUCCUUCUCUUCAAAACACUAGAUCAGGAACAGUUCUCUCAGGUGCUGGACGCCAUGUUUGAGUUACGGGUUCAACCCCAGGAGCAUGUUAUCGACCAGGGACAUGAUGGAGACAACUUUUACGUCAUAGAGAGGGGUGUGUAUGACAUAGUGGUAUCAGGAACAUGCGUGGGUCAGUAUAACAAUAAGGGCAGCUUCGGCGAGCUGGCACUCAUGUACAACACGCCACGCGCCGCCACCAUCAUCGCCACCCAGGAGGGUGCACUUUGGGGUCUGGACCGAGCCACAUUUCGUAGACUCAUUUUGAAGAACAAUGCCAAGAAGAGGAAGAUGUACGAGUGCUUCAUUGAGUCUGUGCCCUUACUCAAAUCACUGGAGGUAACAGAGAGGAUGAAGAUAGUGGACGUAUUAGGCGUAAAGCAGUUCUCAGAUGGUGAGCGCAUCAUCACACAGGGAGACAAGGCUGACUGCUUUUACAUUGUAGAAUCUGGGGAGGUCAAGAUAAUGAUGAAGAGUAAAACUAAAGCAGCCCACGCAGACAAUGCAGAGGUGGAGAUAACACGCUGUAGCAGGGGUCAGUACUUUGGGGAGCUGGCCUUGGUCACUAACAAGCCCCGGGCCGCCUCAGCCUAUGCAGUGGGUGAUGUCAAGUGUUUGGUAAUAGACGUGCAGGCUUUCGAGCGCCUCCUGGGUUCCUGUAAAGAGAUCAUGAAGAGGAACAUCGCCCACUAUGAGGAACAGCUGGUGGCCCUGUUCGGCUCCAGCAUGGACCUGAGAGACUGAGCCUCCCACACCAUCCUCUGUGCCUUCUAUUACACAUACACACAGACACACACACAGACAUGUCCUCUCUCACAUCAUGCAGUGGCUAUACAGACUCAUAAAAAGCUUUACACAGCCGUGCAAACAUAAGAAGUUCACCUGCUGGUACCUAAAUCCUCAAACAGUACGAACACACCCUUUCACACCUGCGUACAUUUACACUGACGCUAUGUAGGCACUGAGAGACGCACACUUCACUCAGUCUGCUCACCCUCGUGCACAUUCUAGCACAUCACACUCCUGGAUAUGCUCUCUCAGCAGAUGAAUACACCCACACAGAAAGCUAACUAAAGGCCACACACCUUGUUGCUUGAGCCAGCUGCAACCUCUCAGUAUGAAAGUCUUUACUGCAAGUACCUUAAUACAGGUAAAGCAGUGUAAAGACACAAAACACACACACAUAUGUGCACACUCCAUACACAUUUAAAAACACAUCAUCAUGGUCAUAUGUGCAGGCGUUAACCAUCACAUGAGCGCUUGACAGCUCAGAGUUGUUCCAACAAGCAUCAGCCAAGGACACACACACACACACACACACACACACAGGUACAGAUACUGAUACUCAACAACACACAGGCAACCACACUUGCAAAAACGGACACAUUGUGGUAAAAAGGAGACAAACUUUAAAAAUCUCUGAAAAGGAAAAAAA